AUGGAAAUGUGGAAAUUUGGGGAUUAUAAAUCGUAUACCAGUUUGGACUUAUUGGCCCAUGUGAUGGGGAUUCCAUCUCCAAAAUCUGAUAUAGAAGGGCAUCAGGUGGCUCAGGUGUACUAUCAAGACCACGAUUUGGAAAGGAUAAGGAGGCGAACAACUAUUGAUGACGGAAUGAAUGCAACAGAGGUUCUUUUAGAGGUUAAGGAUUUUUCGGUGCGGUUUGGCGACGCAUGGGUGGUAAAAGCCGUCAAUUUUAAAUUGUACAAAGGCCAAACACUGGGUGUGGUGGGAGAAUCGGGCAGUGGUAAAUCGGUGACGGCCAUGGCCAUUAUGGGUUUGUUGCCCAAGCAGGCGCAUUUGACCGGUGAAAUAUGGUGGCAUGGAUCCGCCAAUCCGAUAAACAUUUUGGUUCAAAAUCAAUCGGCCAUGCGCGAUUUAAGAAGACAGGGGCUGGGCAUGAUAUUCCAAGAGCCCAUGACGGCCCUGAAUCCCAGCAUGCGGUGUGGCGAUCAAUUGUUGGAAGCCAUCGAUCAAUCGUCCAACGCCCAUGAAUGGGUAAUGCAAUGGUUGGAAAAUGUCCGCUUACCCGAACCCCAAAGAAUAUUUAAAGCCUAUCCCCAUGAAUUAUCGGGAGGGCAGCGUCAACGGGUGAUGAUUGCCAUGGCCAUGAUGAAAAGUCCGUUGUUGUUGAUUGCCGAUGAACCCACCACGGCAUUGGACGUUCAUGUUCAAAAAGAAAUAUUGGAUUUGAUUCAAGAUCUUCAAAAAAACCAUCAAACCAGCGUAUUGUUUAUAUCGCAUGAUUUGGGGGUUAUUCGACAGAUGUCCAAGGCGGUGAUGGUGAUGUAUAGAGGUGGGGUCAUGGAGAUGGAUUUGGUGGAUAAGGUGUUUGCUUCGCCUCAACAUCCAUACACCAAAAAUUUGAUAGCCUGCAAGCCCCGUUUGGGAAAACGCCCCAAGCAUUUGCCCACCAUUGCCGAUUUUGAAAAGCAUCCCGAUUUUGUGCCCAAUUUUGAGACCACCCAAGAACGGGACAAUAGACUAUCG